AUGCUUCGAGUUGGGCACCUCUCAUGCCUCGAGUUGGGCACCUUUGAUGCUUCGAGUUGGGCACCUUUGAUGCUUCGAGUUGGGCACCUCUCAUGCUUCGAGUUGGGCACCUUUGAUGCUUCGAGUUGGGCACCUUUGAUGCUCGAGCACCUCUCAUGCCUCGAGUUGGGCACCUUUGAUGCUUCGAGUCGGGCACCUCUCAUGCCUCCAGUUAGGCACCUCUCAUGCCUCGAGUUGGGCACCUUUGAUGCUUCGAGUUGGGCACCUUUGAUGGGCACCUUUGAUGCUUCGAGUUGGGCACCUUUGAUGCUCGAGUUGGGCACCUCUCAUUUGGGCACCUUUGAUGCUUCGAGUUGGGCACCUCUCAUGCUCGAGUUGGGCACCUUUGAUGCUUCGAGUUGGGCUUCGAGUUGGGCACCUUUGAUGCUUCGAGUUGGGCACCUCUCAUGCCUCGAGUUGGGCACCUCUCAUGCCUCGAGUUGGGCACCUUUGAUGCUUCGAGUUGGGCACCAUGCUUCGAGUUCGAGUUGGGACACCUUUGAGUUCUUUGAGUUGGGCACCUCUCAUGCCUCGAGUUGGGCACCUUUGAUGCUUCGAGUUGGGCACCGCUGA